CGUUAACAAUAAAAUACCCUUCUGUAACCUAUAAACUGUUACUCCCCUCAGUUUGUGCUUUCAAACUGACGGCUGACUUCUCUGAAUUUGUGUCGAGCACGACGAAUGGUGAUGCUCUGCUCUGGGGGCUGCAGUGUACCCUUUUUAAGGGGACUCUGCAAUCUCAUUGUCUAAUUGGACUCUUUAGUGCUUCAAUCUUAUCAGCACUUGCAGAGGGGUCGUUCUUUUCCUGUUUCUUCUUUCUCUCUUUCUCCUCACUCCUCUCUCUUCCUCUCCCUCCCCCUUCCCGCAUCACUCAAUUCCGGCAGUUUGGGGUGGAAAAAACUUGAGCACUGGUUCUAACAGAGCUCAUCCCACAGAGACGGUUUGGAAGAGCUGCAGUGACCGACAGCAUCAGCCGGCUGCAACUCCCUAAAUUUGAAAGCUGCAGGGCUUCCUGAAAAAUGAGAAGGAUAAUGCCCUGCUGUCUGCCAUUGAAGAGUCCCGGAAGAGGACUUUUGGCAUGGCUGAGGAGUACCAUCGAGAGUCAAUGUUGGUUGAGUGGGAGCAAGUGAAACAGCGAAUUCUGCACACACUGUUGGCAUCAGGAGAAGAUGCACUUGACUUUACUCAAGAAAACGAGCCAAGUUACAUCAGUGAUGUGGGACCCCCUGGUCGAAGCUCUCUGGAUAGUGUCGAGAUGGCCUAUGCCCGGCAGAUUUAUAUCUAUAAUGAGAAGAUUGUGAAUGGGCACCUGCAGCCUAACCUUGUGGACCUCUGUGCUUCUGUAGCAGAGCUGGAUGAUAAGAGCAUUUCUGACAUGUGGGCCAUGGUAAAACAAAUGACGGAAGUAUUGUUGGUGCCGGGGACCGAUGCCCUGAAGAGCCGCAGCAGUGUGGAAGUGCGCAUGGAGUUUGUCAGGCAGGCCUUGGGGUACCUGGAGCAGAGUUAUAAGAACUACACCCUUGUGACUGUCUUUGGAAAUUUGCAUCAGGCUCAGCUGGGCGGGGUGCCUGGGACUUACCAGUUGGUUCGAAGUUUCUUGAACAUUAAACUUCCAGCUCCCUUGCCUGGACUACAGGAUGGAGAAGUGGAAGGCCAUCCUGUGUGGGCAUUAAUUUAUUACUGCAUGCGCUGUGGAGACUUGCUUGCUGCUUCUCAAGUGGUUAAUCGAGCCCAGCACCAGCUGGGAGAGUUUAAAACCUGGUUCCAGGAGUACAUGAACAGCAAGGACAGACGAUUGUCCCCAGACACAGAAAACAAACUCCGGCUGCAUUACCGCAGGGCCCUCAGGAACAAUACGGACCCCUACAAGCGGGCUGUGUAUUGUAUCAUUGGUAAAUGUGACAUCACUGAUAACCAGAGUGAAGUAGCAGACAAAACCGAGGACUACCUGUGGCUGAAGUUGAACCAAGUGUGUUUUGAUGAUGACAGCACCAGCUCCCCACAAGACAGGCUUACUCUCUCACAGUUCCAGAAGCAGUUGUUGGAAGACUAUGGUGAGUCCCACUUUACAGUGAACCAACAGCCUUUCCUCUACUUUCAAGUCCUAUUCCUGACAGCACAGUUUGAAGCUGCAAUUGCCUUUCUCUUCCGCAUGGAGCGGCUGCGCUGUCAUGCUGUCCAUGUUGCACUGGUGCUGUUUGAGCUGAAACUACUUUUAAAGUCAUCUGGACAGAGUGCUCAGCUCCUCAGCCAUGAGCCUGGAGAUCCUCCCUGCAUGCGGCGGCUGAACUUUGUGCGACUACUUAUGCUCUACACCCGGAAGUUUGAGUCUACAGAUCCAAGGGAGGCGCUCCAGUACUUCUACUUCCUCAGGGACGAGAAAGAUAGUCAAGGAGAAAACAUGUUUUUGCGCUGUGUGAGUGAGCUUGUGAUAGAAAGCCGAGAGUUUGAUAUGAUUCUUGGUAAACUAGAGAAUGACGGAAGUAGAAAGCCUGGAGUCAUAGAUAAGUUUACUAGUGACACAAAGCCUAUUAUCGACAAAGUUGCUUCUGUGGCAGAAAAUAAAGGACUCUUUGAAGAAGCAGCCAAACUUUAUGACCUUUCCAAGAAUGCUGACAAAGUUCUGGAGCUGAUGAACAAACUGCUGAGCCCUGUCGUCCCCCAGAUCAGUGCCCCGCAGUCCAACAAGGAGAGGCUGAAGAACAUGGCGCUUUCUAUUGCUGAACGGUAUAGGGCUCAGGGAAUAAGUGCAAAUAAAUUUGUGGACUCCACAUUCUAUCUUCUGUUGGAUUUGAUCACCUUUUUUGACGAGUAUCACAACGGUCAUAUUGAUAGAGCCUUUGAUAUAAUUGACCGCUUGAAGCUGGUGCCCCUGAAUCAGGAAAGUGUGGAAGAGAGAGUGGCCGCCUUCAGGAAUUUCAGUGAUGAAAUCAGGCACAACCUCUCAGAAGUACUUCUUGCCACCAUGAACAUCUUGUUCACGCAGUUUAAGAGGCUCAAGGGGACAAGUCCGUCCUCAGCAUCCAGGCCCCAGCGAGUCAUCGAGGACCGCAACUCUCAACUCCGAAGCCAAGCCCGAGCCCUGAUUACCUUUGCUGGAAUGAUACCCUACCGAACAUCUGGAGACACCAACGCAAGGCUGGUGCAGAUGGAGGUCCUCAUGAAUUAAGUGCCAUGCUUGGGGCUUCUGGGGCUGCACGUUGUCAGCAUAUCAGGCACACGGGCCCACUAGAGUGGGUCCUGGUUUUGUUUCUGUUGUGUUUUGUUUUGUUUUUUGUAUUAUGUAUUUUUGUCAACACCAAUAAAUUUCUUUGAUUUGUA